GUCUUCGCGCUCCUCCGCCGGGCAGUCCGGGUCAGGAAAGCGAGCUCACCCCUCGCUCUCCCCUCCUCUCUCUCUUUCUCUCUCUGCAUCGCUCUCCCGCUCUCUCUCUAAACUUUGGAGACUUUUGCGCGUCCUGGGCGCAUUCUGGAUUUUCUGAUUUGGAGUCUGAAAACUUUCAGCGCGAGAAAAAACUGGAAAGCAGAGAAAGAAAAAGGGAAAGAGGAAAAAGGGAGAAAAGAAAGAGGAGGAAAGAAGACCUUCCCUCGGACUCCGGACAGGGAGAAUGAUCCUGCGGGGGGACCAGCUGCCGCUCCAGUGAAACAUGGAGACCUUUAGAGGUGAAGGCGGAGGAGGAAGAGGUGGAAGGUGGAGACUUCGUCAUGUUGUCCUGGUGGUUUUGCUGUGGAUGACCCUGCACAGACACGUACUGGGCUGCGCCUCCACAAACUGUAACCUGGUGCUAACGGAGUCCCAGGGAGAAAUCACAUCACCGUGCUACCCCCAGAGAUACCCCAAUUCAUACAACUGUAGGUGGAUCAUGAAGGCCCCCGCCGGCUUCAUUAUCCAGCUGUCCUUCCUGGACUUUGAACUGGAGGAGGCGCCGGGAUGCAUCUACGACUGGGUGAAAGUGAAUACAGGCAGCGCUGAAGUUGUGUUCUGUGGUCUGACGGCCAACGGGCUGACGCAAAACUCAACGGGGAACGAGAUGGUGCUGUCUUUUACCUCCGACUUCAGUGUGCAGAAGAAAGGCUUCAGAGUUAGCUUCCAACAUGUUGCUGUGGCCCUGAGGAACCAGAAGAUCAAGAUGUCCAGCGGCGUUGGGCAGAUCACCAAGGUCGCCAAUUCUGUUUCCAUCCCUGCGCUGAGUCAGCUGACCAUAUGCUUCGAGGUGGAGCGCAUCAGCCUGAAACAGAAAGAAUGGAUCUUCACUUACUCCAACAACAGCAGCGCCAUGUUGCUGAGUCUUGGUUCCGAUGGCACGGGGAUGAAGAUGGUCGUCGAUGGAGUGGUCUGUCCAAUAGACAACAUCAUCUUACCCUCUGACUUCACUUACUCCAUGAAGUCCUUCUGUGUCCUCUGGACAUCAUCAAAUGGGCGUGUGGCAGUUUACUUCAAUGGUAACUACUGGGCCAAGGCCUGCUCCAGCUCCACCGGACACUCCGUGCAGGCUGGGGGAGAAUUCCGGAUAGGAAAUCAGCAGCAGAGCUUCGAUGGGAACAUCUACAACCUGCGGCUGUGGGAUUACGCCAUGUCCAUUCAGCAGCUCGGCGCGUUAAAGUGUGAAAGCGUGGGGAAUGUCAUCGACUGGGACAACAGCUACUGGGCCAUCCCAGCCUCUCUGGCCCAGACCGACACCUCGCUCAGCUGCAUUUGCUACCCUCAUUGUAUUUACUUAACAACUACUGCGCCAGCUAGUGGCGUCUUCCCAGUGAGCAACGCACCCCUCAAUACUAACUGUGACUCACCUGCGCUGGGCUGCCCAGCUGUUUCUUCUCCUGCCACCUCAUCCACUGACUCCACUAACACCAUCCACACUACUAAUGCCAACACCCACGUCCUCUCUACCAUCACUCCAUCUCCCAGCAUCCCCUCCACUCGCAUGCCUCUAACCUCUAUCAUCAGUACCACCACCACCGCCGCAACCAGCCCCUCCUCUUCUGUUUUGCCUAAUACUACCAUCACCACCACCACCAGAGCUCCUACCUCUGCCUCUACCGAUACUAAUGUUUCUGCAUCCAGCAGGACAGCACAUGCCCAACAGCCAACCAGCAGCACGGCAGCUGUUUCAUCUUUCACCACUAACCAUCCAGAUACUAACCCCACCCUGCAUGAAACAUCUGGCCAGCUGCAGUUCAUGACUACUAACCAACCAGAGACUAACAUAGCUGUUCCUGCUGUUUCUUCCUGGGAGGAGCAGUUUUACCAAUUCAAGUUUGUGGUGGAUGACAGCAGAUCCCAGACGACACGGGAGACGCUUAAAUCAGCCGUGGCUCUUUGGCUCAAUCAGACCUUUGAGAACUGGAUCCACAAAGUCUACGUGGGCAACAUCAGUGUUCAGCUGCGUCCAGAGACUGCAGGAAACCUGAGCAGCUAUGAGUGCCGCGGUCUGCUGGUUAAUACCGACAUCACCAACGAGAGCCUGAGCCUCAUCGAUGAUGCGUCUGCCCGGCUCAGACAGGGGAGCAUGGCAGAGGGCAUGGAGAUCCAGAGCGCCUCUGUGGAAGUCAAACUGAUUGAAAAUUGUCCGCGCGACUCGCAUUGGCCUGAAACCAGACCAACCGUUACUCGGUACCAGCCCUGCUUCCUCAACAAGAAAUGGAGGACCUGUUUAAUCAGUUCACUGAACUACUCAUCGUACUGGUCAGAUCCAAACAGCAGCAACUGCACUGAUAUCGACUCCAUCCAAGUGUCAGCAGAAAAUGCAUCUGAUGUAGCGGAGCAGCUCAAAGCGUUCACCAACAACAAGCUGAAUGAGACAGAGGUGUCUAAAGUGGUGUCAAAGGUGGAACAACUAGUGAACGUAGCCAAGAUCAACAUCACGUUAGCCUCCAGCAUCGUCACCAUCAUCUCUAACGUCAUGAUUGGCUCAGCUACAGUCCCGUCGGCCUCAGACAAAGCUCUGAAGACCAUGGAUGAGCUGGUGCAGAAGAUCCAGUUUGAUGGUCCGUCCAUCCAGAUCAAUUCCAAGAAUCUGGCUGUGGGAAUUCUGGCCCUCAACACGACGACGUUCAACAAAACGACCCUCGGCGCCUUCAUGUCUCCAAACAAGUCUGACCCACAGAUCGAUUUUAAUUCUAAGUCUGAGCAGCUGAAUCCUUUAGCUCAGGUCACACUUCCCGCCUCUCUGCUGUCCAACGUCUCUCAUGCCGAACCCGACACACUGUCCAGGAUCAGCUUCAUGUUCUUCAGCAGCCCCAGUUUUUUCCAGAAAAAGGAGGAAAAUGAAUUGAUCAGCUACGUAGUGGCGACCAGCGUGGGGAACUUCUCCAUCCACAACCUGAUGGACCCAGUGAGGAUCGAGAUCACUCACCGCUCUGAGCAGGCUUCUGAGAAUCUGGUGUGCGUUUUCUGGGACUUCAAGAAGAACGAUGGAACUGGGGGUUGGAACAAAGAAGGCUGCACAAAAAACUCCACCUAUUCUACUGCCAACAAAACCGUGUGCGAGUGUGACCACCUCACACACUUCGGUGUCCUCCUGGACAUCUCUCGGACUUCGGCCUCCAUCGAUGAGAAGAACAACAAAAUUCUGACCUACAUCAGCAACAUCGGCUGCGGCAUCUCUGCCAUCUUCUCUGCUGCCACGCUGCUCACGUACAUCGCCUUCGAGAAGCUGCGGCGUGACUACCCGUCGAAGAUCCUGAUGAACCUCAGCACAUCCCUGCUGUUUCUCAACAUGGUGUUCCUGCUGGACAGCUGGUUGAGCACCAUGGAAAACGAUGGGCUGUGCUUGGCUGUGGCCAUUUUCCUCCACUACUUUCUUCUGACCUCCUUCACCUGGAUGGGGCUAGAAUCGGUCCAUAUGUACAUUGCUCUGGUCAAAGUCUUUAACACCUACAUCCGCCGGUACAUCCUGAAGUUCUGCAUCGUGGGGUGGGGCCUUCCUGCUGCGCUGGUUGGGAUCGUUGCUGUGGUGGACAAAGGCGCGUACAAAGCAGAAGAACACAAAGGAGGGUCAAAGUUCUGCUGGAUUACCAAUGAAACCGUCUUCUACACCACCUGCGUUGGUUACUUCUGCCUGGUGUUUCUGCUCAACCUGGCCAUGUUUGUCGUGGUGAUGCUGCAGAUCUGCGGACGCAAUGGCAAACGCAGCAACCGCACGCUGCGGGAAGAGGUUCUCCGAAACCUACGGAGCGCCAUCAGCCUCACCUUCCUGCUGGGAAUGACAUGGGGCUUUGCUUUCUUUGCCUGGGGACCGGUCAAGCUGACGUUCAUGUACCUCUUCUCCAUCUUCAACUCGCUGCAAGGCCUCUUCAUAUUUAUUUUCCACUGCGCCCUGAAAGAAAACGUGCAGAAGCAGUGGAGGAGAUACCUCUGCUGUGGCCGAUUCAAGCUGUCAGACAACUCAGACUGGAGUAAGACAGCUACCAACAACACCAAGAAGGUGAGCUCAGACAACCUGGGCAAGUCUCUGUCCUCCAGCUCCUUCGGCUCCACCACCGCCAACUGGACCUCCAAGGCUAAAGCGACGCUCAACCCAUUCAAACGACAUAGUAACACAGCUAAAUGCUACUCCAAACAGACCAAUCCAAAGUGCAUCUCCUCAUCCUGUUCCUCCUCAGAAGUGGAGCCCAACUCCUCUUCCUCCUCGUCCUCCAUCCUUCCUGUCAGCCAGAUGAUUGACAAGGUGAAAGGUUACUGUUCCACACACUCUGACAACUUCUGCAAGAACAUCAUCAUGCCUGACACCUGCACCCACUGCACCAGGUUUUAGAUUGCCCUCAGCACUUCUGCUGCCCCCCAUUAGAAUAUGUUCUUGACCUGCCCACAUUGUUCUAGAAACUUCAUAACAUCCUGUUCACAGCUUCACUGAAAGGCUUCUGUUAAAGGUUCAUACAUGAAGCACAGCACUGGAACAUGAGUCAUUAUUCUGUACAUGCCGCUGAACAUUAUUGAACCUGUGUUCUGGAAGUACUUCUAACAUUUCUGGAUUUCAGCCUUCAACCGUUCAGUCUGUUGGAUAUCUUCCUAAUGUUCCAGAACUUUGUGAGAGCCUUUUGCAAAAUUCGAUGUUUUGAAACGUAUCCAAGUAUUCUAAAGUUGUGUGACACCCUCAUUCCAAGAGAAAGGUUGUAGCGGCUGACUGAGUUGAAUUACAGAACAUGAUUAUAAACUCAAUGAAGCCUGAGUCAGUGCUCAGAGACUUUUGCACGUUCCAGAAAUCUCCAGCAUUCGACAUUCCCUGUGUUUCAAAAACUCUCAGAGCCUCAACGGUUUGAGAAGCUUUGAAUUGUAGAGCUCGUCCAAGCAGCACAGAGCUCUAAAAGCCUUAGUCAGAGAGUGUUUUUUUAUUUUUUUAUUCUUCUGAUAUUCAUUGAGAUAGCCCCGUAACACUGUACAAGCCCAACACCCACACAAACUGUUUAGAAGCGUUCUGUCUCAGCCUCAGAGAUGUCCCUGAAAACUUUGUUAAACCGUGUGUCAUCAUGUGAAUUGUUUGUUUUGCUGUAGGAGCACAUAGUUUUUUGUACAAUUAAUUCAACAAUCUGCAAAAAAUUGAUAUGUUUUCAUUUAAGUUAAAUUUACAAGGAGCAGGCCGGUUUGUCAGAGUGUACUCUAAUUUGAUUGGAUAUUUUUCCUCAGUACAGAGUAUGCAAUAACGUGAUUAAAUUCCUUUGUACAAAAGUCCUUGCUUUUCAAGAAAUAUGCUUUUUUAUGAAAUAUGCUUAAACGGCAGCCUGUGAACUCAUCAGAAUUAAGUUAAUCAACACAAAUUAUUCUGAAUAGGAAUGAUAAGAGAAGCUACAGGGUGGUCAGUGACGCUGAUGUGAUUCUACUGUAUCAUAUCAAAUUACCAGAAUUGGCCGACUUGGCUGCCAGACUGUAAGACGAAACUAGGAGCAAGGGGGAGUGAUCAGAGGGGUGAGGAAAGGAAAAAAAAAAUGAAAAAAGGACGUUAUUGAAGAAAAAAUAGACUCUUAGGUUUGGCAUCUUUUUAAUACUGUGAUGUUUAUUAAAACUGUCCAUUUGUGCACGUGUGUGUGGAGCCAUACCCUCUGUAAAUAUAGAUCUAUCUAUUCUAUGUGCCUUAUUUUUAUUGUGAAAAUCUGUCUGGAUGGUUGAUUUUAUUCGUGCCUUUGUAAGGUCCUCAGAGGGUCACUGCAACUGUACAUACUUUAUGCUUUAUAUACAUGCUUUAAGUUCUGAUGACCAAAAGGGCAGAAAUAGGAUGGACACACACAAAAAGAGAAUUGAACAGAAUAUAAUCUCCAGGCCGAUUGAUCAAGGUGUUUUCAAAUAUUCAUUUAACAUAUUUACAUUUAUUAAAAAUAUUAUUAUCAUGAACAAAACUUGGUAUGUCUAUUGAUGGAAUGCUUGAGUAUAUCAACACAUAUUUUGAUUUUCAGACUCCAUUUUUGAAAAUGUCGUGCUCAUAUAUAAUUAUUGUAAUAUUUCCCACAUGUUUGGUGGUUUAGUGGAUAAAAGAUAAAGUUAAGCCAGAAGCUGUUGAAGCUUUCUUGUGCAUGUCAGCCAGAGUUUAGCAAUCAUAGUGGUAAAUUCUUUACUAUUCAAAUUUGGAGAUUCGUUUUCUUACUCUUGUUCAAAUAUCUGCUCUUAUUCAGAAUUUUGUAAUAGUUUUUUAAGGUAAUGCAGCUGCUAAUAUGACAAUAUUAUAGCCUGAAGGACUUAUGGAUAAGUUUACCCAGAUCACAUAAAAAUGCUAAGUCUGCCCAUGUUGUGGUUUAGACAAUAAAACUCAGCAUCAGUGUGUCUUUUCAUAUUAGAUAUUCAAAUUACUACAAGUAUUUUGCAGACCUCCUUUUAGAAGGAACAUAUUUCUAAGGGAAACCUGAUGACAGCCAAGUCUGUAGGUUACUCAGCGGUCCUGGAAGUGCAAGAGGAAUUCCAUCCUAGUUCUUUCUUCUUCUUUCUUGACAAAUAUCUAAAGCAGAGGAGAUUUAAAUCUAUCAGCAUGAAAAACGAGAGGGAACAGGAGCAGUGACAGAGGAUAUUUUUGUUCUCGUAAUUUGGCUGAACUGAUCCAUGAAUUUAAUCAUCAGUAUCAUUUUUCUUCUUAAGAGAAUCAACCGAGUUAGCAAAAUAAUCUACACUUAUUUCUCAAAAUGUAAAAAAGUCAAUAUCAGUUUCAUAUUAAUGUUGUUUCAUCACCUUCUACACAGGUAAAGCAGCAUUUUUACAUAUGGUUUAAUUUGUAAGGCCAUGAAAGUCACCACUUCCUGCCCUUCCUUAGACUUUAGAUCCGGAUAAAAAUUCCUCUGUGUAAUAAAGAGAUAUAAAAUGAAACUCCAUGGCACACAUGCAGCCACCAUGCAGUGAUCAUUUAGUCUAUGAAGAACAUUUAGUCAUUAGCAAAGAUGUUCACGUUUCAUCAAGGCUGAACUAGUUUCCUCUCAGUAAAUCAAGUGUGAUAUUCAUUGCUUGACUGUGUUUGUAUCAUGGACAACAUCGUCAGUCUAGGUAUGCCAGACUGCAUUGAAAUUUAAACCUGGUUGCAGUUUAUACAAUAUUUUAUUAAAAUAAAAAUGUUGAAAUGUUGAAAAUGUAAUUCGUCAUUGCUGUUAGACCAAAAUUAUAACUGCGCUUUCAAAUCCGGUGGAUAAACUCGCUUUCAUUUUUAAUUCCUACCAAAUUGAAAAACAAUAAUUCCCAUGUUUUAAGGCCCCUGAGACCUAAACCAUCACAGGUGGUUAUCCUAACCCUGUUCCUUUAUUCCUAUUUUCUGGAAGCGGUGUAAAUAGCUUUUGAUGUUAGUUGGAAUCAUUAUUGUCUGGGAAGACAAUUUAAAAAGAACAGAAAUAAAAUAUUCUGCUUGGUGACUGGGUUGUGGCUGAUGAGAAGGUUAAUGACUUGCACAUAAAAUGUUAUCCAGUUUGCCACCAAACAAUCAAACGUAAUCUUUUUUCUUUAUUUUAUCAAUCAAAUCUAAUAGAAACAUACACUCUGCACAUUAGAUCGUGUGUUAAAUAUAUAUAUAUAUAUGAAGUAGUAGCAUUGUAUCAGUAUUUAAAGCUGUAAGAAGCUCAGUUAGUAGUUAGAUUGUCUGAAAAGUUCACUGUUACAUUUAGAAAAAUAUAACUUGUGUGUGAUAAAGAGAGACAUCGUAGUAGUAGACCUUUCUUUGACCCUGCAGCACUUUAACUCCCAUUUACACAAUUAGCACUGGAGCAUUCUUGGUGUUGCAAUCAGUCAAACAGUUUUAUGGUGGUCAUUUGUCACCACCAUAAAAUUUCAUGAAUUCUGUCAAAGUGGGGAAAAAGCACCUUCCUGUUCCAAUAGAAGCCUUUUUUUGGUAAAAAAACAAGUAUGUGUGCUACUCUGUUCCAUUGCUUUGAGCAGUCUUUAUUGUGUCGUAUACUAUUUAUUUUGUAAAUGACUGUAUGUCUUCCUGUGUCUGGUUAACCACAUAAUCAACUUACUGGGAGGGAAAACCAUAGAGGAUGAACAUAGGGACCUAUCUGAGGUCUUUUUUGGUAUUCAGACUCAUUGGACCUCCACUCAUCAACUGUUGGCUAACUGGACUUCCACUGCCUACAUGGAGCCAACAGCAUUCAACACUGCAGAAUGUAUUGUUGUAGUCACGUAUUGUACCCCUUAACCCCUGUUUCUUUUUUCUUUUGCCCAGAGUGGCAGAAGAAUGCACUCUUCAGCACUCAGAAACAAUUCCCUUGAGACUGUGAAAGAAGAGCCGAGGCCUUUUUGGCAGGUCCGUGCGGGGGCAUAGCUCAGUUAUCCCAUCAGUCACUGGACUGGCUUCAGCCUAAGGGUGGAAAAAACUAUUGUUGUACUUUUGCUCGCACCCAGCACAGAGCCAAAGAUGGUUAAAUAUAGAGCACUGAAUGACAAAAGAAGAUUAUUGCACCUGAAAUUAUUCAGGGGAUUUUAUUAAAAUAUCAAAUAACAUGUUAAUCCUACAGGACUGACAGUUUUUAUUGCAGAAUUGCCUUAAAAUGUUCAUAUCAAGCAUGACUGCCCAGAGAGGACAGCACACACACACACACACACACAUUGGGUUUUCAUAUCUUGUGGGGACAUCUAAUUAACAAUGCUUUCGCUAGCCCCUUACCCUAAACCUAACCAUAACUCAAUUGUAACCCUGGCACUAAAACCACAUUUUGAGUCUCAAAAAUGCCUUCAAAUUUGUGGGGUCCAGGAUUUUGGUCCCCACAAAGUUAUGAAUAUAUGCUGACACACACACUGAAAUUACCAGGUGUGCACACCUGAAUUUAUUUAUUCCAUUUUGAAGCUUUCUUUAAAUCAUCUGCAAAACAAAAGUCAUGCUUUGAUUAAGGUGCAGGGUGUUGAUUUACUUUAAUAUUUGCUAUUAUUUUUCUUUCUUAUAUUCAACAUAUCUUAUUCUAAAAAUAGCCAGACCUCUGUCUUCAUCUGGACUUGGCAGAAAGAAGCUUGCAGAUGUUUAAGUUUAGUUUGUGGGGAGCGCUCACUGUGGGUUUCAGUUCAAUUUAGGAACUUUUACUGAGAAAAUAUGAAAACAUUUCAACUAUGUUAUCUGAUCUGUGGACCAGAAGAAAAAUAGUGACUAUUGUUAGCCUUAUGCUUUAAAUUUAUAUUGCAAUCAUGUCCUGAAGUUUUUCUUGUUUUGUUUUUUAUUGCAUUUUUAUUAAGGAAGAUUUUCCUGACUGGGAACAAAGCUGAAUGUUUGUGUGGUAACAAAAUGAAAAAGUACACACAGAGUGUAAGGAGAGUGCUCAAUCCAGACAGGCUGAAAACAAAAGUCACGUGACAACAUCAGAUGAACCCAAACUCUGCCCAACGCCCGGAAAAGGCCAAUAAAGAGCCUUAAAGUUAACAUCACUUGUACUGGUUGGCUGAAGAGGCCAGAAUUCAUUUUAUGUUUCUAAUCGAGCAGAAAUUAAUUAUUUUAAUGAACUGCCAAUGCCCGCCUUGACUUUUUGAAGCCGUUUGUAGACGAGCUCUUUAAUCUGUCUGCUCUUGUGCAGAAUUCUUGUUCCCUAACAGCUCUCUGCCAGCUCAGCAUGCAGUAGCAUUAUAGUCACUGUUCAAUCAGAUAUCCAAACUCAGUAAACGUUACGAGUCCCGUUUCGUUUCCUCUGGGCUAACAGGUUAAGUCCACACACAUCUCUAUUUUCCUCUAACAUGACGUGUGUACAGUUGCAUUUAAUGUAAAUACUUCAUGACACCUGCACUAUGUUUAGUUGACGGAUAUUGUACCACGUGCGGAUGUUUCACCGAGGAUUGUAACUCAUCUUGGCUUUUGCUGUGUUUUAGCGUUUGUACUAUUUUUUCUAUGAUUCUGUGAACGCUUGUCCUCCCUUCACGGCUGUGUUAUUUUCUGGUUUUUCUGUGAGGUUAUUUUGUGCAAGCAUGCUUUAGUUUCAGCAUUAAAGGGAAUAAAGGUUUGACAUGAUCACA